AUUCAAGAUGGAUCCGCCCCGACCACCUGACGAUAUUGAGAUGAAGAAUAUUAUUGAUAAGUUGGCGCAGUUCGUGGCAAGGAACGGACCUGAGUUUGAAAGAAUGACAAAGUCUAAACAGGAGAAUAAUCCUAAGUUUGGAUUCCUGUGGGGCGGACCUUACUUUAACUAUUACACAUACAAGGUCACCACGGAGCAGACUGUCAUGCGCCAUAAACAGAACCAGGGCGGAGGCGGAGGACCACGCCCCUUGAUGGAUUUGGAUCUUUCUGGAAGCAACGCUUUCUCGCCAGGAUUUGGCGGGAACGGCAGUGGCGGCGGUAACGGUUGGGGAGCCCCGGAACCACCGGCAACCUCUCAUAUCAAAGAUCAGAUCUCUAAUAUCAAGAGCAGUCAGGCAACCCUGAGGGAACAGAUUAAACAGUCCGAGCAGAACCUUGAAGCUCAGUAUGCUGUUCUUCAGCAGAAUAACGAGAUAAUAGCUCAGGAAGCUAUAUUGAAGGCACAGGAGAAUGAUCUGGAAGCUUUGAGUCGGAUCACAAAUGUUUCUUUAUCAAUCUUUGACUCCGUUCUAGAACCUAUAGUGAACAGCUGUACUAAGGAUUCUAUUAGUAGCGGUAAAUCCUGGAUAUUUCAGAACAGUAACAGUGCAGACUGUAAUAGGUUGCUUGCUAACUAUUUAAACUUCAAGGUAACCAGUCCUCUCUCAGACUUCACCAACAAGCUCCAUAUUAUUUACCUGGUCAACGAUGUUCUCCAUCAUUGUGUCCGGAAGAACAAUCACGAGUUAAAGAAUGCAUUUGUCAAGGUCGCUGUCUCUAUGUACACCGCAGCUGCUUGUGUAGCUACAGAGGAACAGAUGCCAAAACUAGCUAAACUAGUUACUCUCUGGGAAACCAAAAGUAAGUUUUUUGACGAGAAGAUCAUUGAUAAGAUGAAAGAUUACAGGGAAUCAUUUCACCAGUACCAGGUUGAGCUGAAGAGAUGCUACAUGGUAGAGAUCAGUACCUCCCAGGAACCUGGACUCAAGACGUAUGACGGAUACAAGUCCCAGCACGAGCAGUUCUGCGCACACGCAGAAGCACAGCUCCGACAGCAGUCAAUGGAGCUGGAGGGGUUAAAUGCAUCUCUUCAGAAUAUUGAAUCUACUCAUCAAUCUAAAGUUCAGGAGUGGCAGCAGCAACAAAACCAAGGAGGAGGAGGUGGGGGUGGAGGAGGAGGAAAUAGAAGGAGUAGAUGGGAUAAAACAGCUCCUGUUGGCGGAGGUAUUGGCGGUGGAAUGCCUGGUUUACCGAUCGCGGAUUUAUCCCGGCCUCCGCCUGGGUUCCAGCUUCCAGUACAGGGAGAAACCAUUCCUACUGCUCCGUACUUUGACCUGCCUGCAGGGUUGAUGGUUCCGUUGAUUAAGUUUGAUGAGAGCGGAUACAAACCUCUAGAUCCUGACAGGAUUCGGUUACCUCCCCCUCAACCUCCUAGUGAUAGGUUGCUGGCAGCAGUAGAAUACUUCUACUCUCCUCCGUCUCAUGAUAGACCUAGAGACCCUGAGGGUUGGGAGAGGUUGGCUCUUUAUGAAUGGAACAGAGAGAAACAGUUUGCAAUCAGCAUGAAGCAGGAAGAUAUCAAGUCUGGACGAAGACCUAAAUCUCUAUCCAAUAGUCCAGACCAUAGCAGAGAAUCAACUCCAGACCAAACCGUUCCGUCCAGCCGGGACGGAGACGUAAGGAAGAAAUAUCGGUCCAGAUCCAGAACCAGAUCUAGAUCUAGAGGGUCCACUCCCCCUAGAAAGUCUUCUAAGCAUUCACGACGCCGAUCUCGAACCCGAACACGAUCCCGAACUAGGUCUCGUACACGAUCCCGAUCCCGUACCAGAUCAAGAUCUAGAGAAAGGAGGCGAUCGAGAUCCCGAUCACCGAUGAGAGACGAUUACUCAAUGCCGAAACAUUUGACCAAACGUUCACCCUCACCUCGUGGCGGAUCCCCCCGCCGCUCAGGAUUCGGCGGUGGCGGGGAUGACCGGUUGAGCGAUGCUAACAAGGGUCAUCAGAUGUUACAGAAGAUGGGUUGGAGAGGAGCAGGGUUGGGAAGCCAGGAAUCUGGUAUAGUAGAUCCUGUGAGUGGAGGGGAGACCAGAGACAAGAUGGAUCAGUUCCACGGAGUCGGAGUUCAAGGAGAUCCAUUCGAUAGUUUCAGGAAGCAGAGAGCCGGAGCAUUCUAUACUCGGAUGAUAAAUAAAGCAGAAGAACGAAAAGAGAAGAAAAGGCAUGAUGAUGAUGAUUAAUUAAGUUCACAACAGUUUCCUACGAAUAAUUUUGCUAAAUUGUUUAAUUCAUGUAUUCUUGUAGAAUGGAUAAGAUAAACUGCACUCUGAUUAAUAAUUACUUCUUUGUACCGUUUCA